GUGUUGUUACAUACGUCGCGUUGGUGGUAUAGUGGUUAGCAUAGCUGCCUUCCAAGCAGUUGACCCGGGUUCGAUUCCCGGCCAACGCAUUUCCUUUUUAACCUGUCCUGUAGUACGAUUCAAGGAAAAUCAAUCUCCUACGCAACAGCCCGAUAUGUUAUUUUGUGUCAAGAAGGAGGCGACGAGAAGCUCUGUAAACGAUGCAGCAGCCACACGUACCUCAGCCAGAUGUAAACGCAACAAGCGGCGAUGAAYCCCGUUCGACAGAAGAACCGGGAGCGGAGAUUCCGUUUAGUUUCACUCCACAACUCAUUCGCCUGGACAAGGACCACGAACUGUUUGAGGAUGGGGACAURCAGAGACACAUGUACCUGCAGGACUUCUUCGUUUCAGACGCUGAAGACAAACCCGUGCUCAGCGUGUCAGAGUUCGCCUGCCACAUUUCCGGCUGCGGCGCCGUCAUCAACUCUUUGGACGACUACGAGCACCACUACAACUCCCUGCACCGGCACGUGUGCUGCUCCUGCCACCGCUCGCUGCCAAGCGCCCGGCUCCUGGACAUCCACAUCCAGGAGUGGCAUGACUCUCUCUUCACCAUUCUCGCCCAAAAACAAGACAUGUACCUGUGCUUGGUGGAGGGAUGUGGACUGAAGUUUAGGACGAGCGUACAAAGGAAAGACCAUCUAAAAAGAAUUCACAAGUAUCCUCCAGACUUCAGAUUUGACAAAAACAAAAAGGAGAAAGGAGAAGCAAAGAGACAGCAGACAACAGAUGCGGCCAUGGAGGUGGAAGUGUGCGAGUCCGAGGGUGUUGGAGACGUUUUGUGCCGUGUGCCGUCUGAUGAUCCUGAGCAGGAGGAAUCCAUGGAGACGCAUGUGUCCGGUGAAGAAGCUGCUGCAGCUCAGGGUUCAGAAACAAACCCAGCUCCUCCAAAACCACAAUACUCCUACAGAGUUCCUUCAACUGUGUGCUUCGGUCACGGCUCAGUCCGAGGCUUCAGAGGACGACAAAACAGGAGGAAAUGAAACACAYCAGCUGUUUACAGACGACAACAUUCUGCCUCUAGAACUCAAACAGCUUCAGUGUAUUUAAUGACAUGAAAAAUAAAGUUCCUUUUGUUUUGCACAGCAAA